AUGGCUGCUACAGUAUCCCGUUUGCUACCUGGUAUAGGAUUCGUCAUGGGUUCUGCUACUGGAAUUGGACGCAGUACAUCGUUGGCGUUUGCUCGUGCCGGUGUCGAGGGCCUUUUCUUGGCAGACAUAAAUGAGGAAGCUCUGAGAAAGACGGCGGAUGAAAUUCGCCAUGCAGUACCCAACUUGAAAGUCAUAACUCAGCAAGUUGACAUCGGAAAUGAACAGUCCUGUGUUGAUUGUGUGCGCUCUGCAGCGAAAGCUUUCGGAAGAAUUGAUUACGUGCUGAAUAAUGUUGGAAUUGGCGGAGACCAAAAGCCAACAAUUCAACAAGAAAGUGCUGAGCUGACCAAAGUACUUAACGUGAACUUCGUUGGUCUUUGGAUUUCCCAGAGGGAGCAAGUCAAGCAGAUGUUGACGCAGGAGAAACUCCAGAUUCCGAGUGGGCGCGGAAAUCGUGGAGUGAUCACUAACACAGCCUCGAUUUUGGGUCUGGUUGGUGGUCCAGUAGGUGCUAGCCCUUAUGCCGCAAGCAAGCACGCAAUCCUCGGAAUGACAAAAACGGAAGCUGCGGCGUAUAGCAAAGAGGGAAUCAGGAUCAACAGCAUUUAUCCAGGUUAUGUGUCGACGGCGAUCCUUGGAAAUAACGACCCAGAACUGCGAUCCGAGAUUGAAUCAAAACAAACUGCUUUGAUUCCCAUGGGAAGGCUUGGAGACGCUGACGAGAUUGCUGACUGUGCCGUGUUUCUCUCGUCGCAUAUGGCAAGUUAUGUUACUGGGAGCGCAUUAGUCGUCGAUGGGUAUGUCUUCCUAAUGAUAGGUGCUAAUUCCUAA